AUGACUGAUAAUAUCGGUAUUUAAAAUUUAUUUUUUUUAAUAAAUAACAAAUGAUAAGUUAAAACAACAAAUUUAAUAUAAUAAAAUUAGUGUAACAUCUUAGAAUUCCAUUCAAAAAUGUCCGAAUUCAAAGUUCCAUAUAAGCGAUAUCGUAGAGAUGACCAAGAGUCAAAUUCAGAAGAUGAAGAAGAUUAUACACCAUACGUACCUGUUAGAGAAAGAAAAAAACAAGAGUUAUUAAAAUUGGGUAGACUAUCUAAAUUAAAACAAGAAACUAACAAAAAAUCAUCUAGUGAUGAAUUUGAUGAAGAAGAUGGAGAAGGGCAAGUAUGGGGUCGAAAGUCUAAUAUAAGUCUUUUAGAUCAACAUACAGAACUUAAAAAACUUGCUGAAGCUAAAAAGGAGAGUGAAAUGGAAAAACAGCUAAAAGAAGAAGAAAAAAUUUUAGAGAGUGUAGCAGAAAAAAAGGCUCUUAUGGGUGUUGCUGAAUUGGCCAAAGGGAUUCAGUAUGAUGAUCCUAUUAAAACCAGUUGGAAACCUCCUCGGUACAUUUUAAAUAUGACAGAAGAUUUUCAUGAAGAAAUACGCCGUAAACUUCAUAUAUUAGUUGAAGGCGAAGAAAUCCCACCACCAGUUAAAUCAUUUAGAGAAAUGAAAUUUAAUAGGGGUAUAUUAGUAGGCUUAGCACAAAAAGGAAUUAAAAAACCAACACCUAUUCAAAUACAAGGAAUUCCAACUGUAUUAUCGGGUAGAGACAUGAUUGGUAUAGCAUUUACAGGUAGUGGUAAAACAUUAGUUUUUGUUUUACCACUUCUUAUGUUUUGCCUUGAACAAGAAGUCAAACUACCAUUCAAAUCAAAUGAAGGACCAUAUGGACUUAUUAUAUGCCCAUCAAGAGAAUUAGCUAAACAAACUUUUGAUAUUAUUAAUCAUUAUAUCACAUACAUACAACGAGCUAAUUAUCCAAAAUUGAGAUCAUGUUUAGCAAUUGGAGGAGUUCCUGUUUUUGAAUCAUUAGAUGUGAUUAAAAGAGGAGUACAUAUAAUGGUUGCAACAACUGGUCGACUUAUGGAUAUGUUGGAUAAGAAAAUGAUAAAUUUGGAUGUAUGUAGAUAUCUGUGCAUGGAUGAAGCUGAUCGUAUGAUUGAUAUGGGUUUUGAAGAAGAUGUGAGAACAAUAUUUUCAUUCUUUCAGGGUCAAAGGCAAACUUUAUUGUUCUCUGCUACUAUGCCAAAAAAAAUCCAAAAUUUUGCCAGAUCAGCCCUUGUUAAACCAAUUACCAUUAAUGUUGGGCGUGCUGGUGCUGCAUCUAUGAAUGUUAUUCAAGAAGUUGAGUAUGUUAAGCAAGAAGCAAAAGUUGUUUAUUUAUUAGAAUGCUUAAAAAAAACAAUGCCUCCGGUUUUGAUAUUUGCUGAAAAAAAACAAGAUGUUGAUGCUAUUCAUGAAUAUUUGUUACUUAAAGGAGUUGAAGCUGUAGCUAUACACGGAGGAAAAGAUCAAGAAGAACGGUCUAAAUCUGUUGAAGCGUUUAGAAAAGGUCAAAAGGAUGUAUUAGUUGCUACUGAUGUUGCUUCUAAAGGUUUAGAUUUUGAAGAUAUACAACAUGUAAUAAACUAUGACAUGCCUGAUGAUGUAGAAAAUUAUGUUCACAGAAUUGGUAGAACAGGUCGGUCUGGUAAGAGGGGAAUAGCUACUACAUUUAUCAACAAGGCAAAUGAUGAAUCUGUUCUAUUAGAUUUAAAACAUUUACUAAUUGAAGCACGUCAAAAAGUACCUAUGUUUUUGGCAGAAUUAGAAUCAGAAAAUGAAAAAUAUUUGCAGCUUGGAGAUGAAAGAGGUUGUAGCUACUGUGGUGGUUUGGGUCACAGAAUUACUGAUUGUCCUAAACUAGAAGCAAUACAAACUAAACAAGCGUCAAAUAUUGGACGAAGAGAUUACUUAGCUAAUAAUGCAGCAGAUUACUAAUGAAAUAUUUUGGAAUUUAUGAUUACUGAUUAUUAUGUUGUUAUUAAAACUAUUUGUAACAUUUUGUAUAUAAAAUUUAAUUGUAAAAAAUAAUAAUUCAAUAAAUGUUUAUAAUUUUUUUAAC